AUGUUGGCCUGCAGAUACUCCCUCAGGGGGCACCGUUCAUCUCCUUCCUCGUCUUCCGCUACUUCGUCCGCCUCUCCUUCCCCUUCUUCUUCCCCUUCUUCUUCCCCUUCUUCUUCCCCUUCUUCCCCUUCUCCUUCUUCUUCCCCUUCUUCUUUCCCUUCUUCGUCUUUCUCGUCUGGCUCAUCGACAUCAACAAGUCGAUCCGGGACGCCCGAGCACGUGAGUCACGAUGAGGGGGACGCGGAAGUUUGCCUCCCCAUGGGUUUUUAUCGGAGACUUUUGAGGCGAGAAAGAGGGGAACAGCGCGAGGAGGAAAAGCUGCGUCAUCUGCUCCAAGCGUCCAGUGGACGCUUCACUCCCGGUUCUUCGCGACACCGGAACCCCGGUCAGCACAAGUGUCUUCGUUCCUCUCUGCCUUUUUCUUCAUCUCUUUCCUCAUCUCUGUCCCUUGCAAACCGGGGCGCGAAGGCCAGCAGCGCCUUGAGGGGUGCACAUGCCCCGCCGAGGCCGAGCGCGAGGCCCAGCGUGGAGGAAGCGGCGAAAGCGAAGCUCAGAGAGGCGAGACAGGACUUGGACCGCAACGAGAGAGAAACGAAGAGAGGGGCUGGGGGACAACGGGGUGGGGAGCGAAGAGGCGCCGGUGCCAGAGCGAACGCGGAGUCGAAGGGUGCCUUGGAGAAACGCGCAGAAACGAGAGAGGACCUCAGAAACAGAAGGCCCGGCCGCCUGCACAUUUACAGAGGCAAUUUCGUCGAGAUUCGCUGGCGAUCGCCUCGGGCAGAGAAGAAGGGAGCAGAGCCACGGCGAAGGGACAGAGCGGAGGAGAGAACGGAGGCCAGAGACAUCGCAGGUGGAGAGAAAGACACAGACCGCGAGACAGAGAACGCUUGUGCAGGCGGCGCUGGGAGGUCUACAGAAGGCGAACGGAGCAAGGGAAAUGAAGAGCGGACAGAGAGAGGGAGAGGAAAAGGCAGGAGCCGCUCUACAGGAAGGCGGAGUCGCGCAACUGGCCCAUCGAGCCGAGACUCGCGUUCCUCCACGCGCCGCCCGACGGACGCCUCACACAAGCAAGGCAGUGCAAGAGGAAAGUCUGUGGGGGAGCCCGAGACGAAGGGGCCGGUGGGGCAAUCGUCUCUCUUGCAGAAUCGUCUCAGUCCGGCAAACGACCAGGGAGGAGAAGAGCGAACGAAAAAAAAGAGGAAGGAAAAAGAGGGGAGGAGAGAUGAAGAGAAAAGAAAAGAUGCAGAGAAAAGGAAAGGUGAAGAGAGAAGGGGAGAUGAAGAGAGAAAGAAAGGUGAAGAGAGAAGGGAAGAUGAAGAGAGAAGGCGAAAAAAACGAGGGACGAGCGAAGGAGGCGGAGGAAGUGGGAGAAUGAAGGGGGAGACAGAGAGUCCAGGGAGCGCAGGACACGAGCGAGGGCUAGGCGAACAAUCGAAGAUAGAAGAGAAUUUUGAGACGUUGGAAAACAUCACUGGAAAGAUAAGAACCGUUGAGAGUCAAUUGCAAUUCCUCGGAACUCUCCAAGAGAAAAACGAACGAAGCCGGAAGUGCCUCAGUAGCGCGUGCCAUUUCUUUCGCAACGACCCGAACUUCGCCGAGAAGCAUGAGACUCGCGAGAAACGGACGCCCAAAACGGUUGCCGAAUCUUCGUCGUCGUCUUCUCAUUCUUCGCCUUCUCAUUCUUUGCCGUCUUCUCAUUCUUCGCCGUCUUCUCAUUCUUCGCCUUCUUCUCGUCCGUCCUCUCCGCGUUCGUGUUCCUCCUCUCCGCCACCGCGAACGACCCAUAGAACGGCGCGUUCCCGAAGACGCCUGCGGCGCGGGGACGAGAAGGGGAAGGUCGUUUCUCGUGAUAGAGCAGAACGGCUCGACAAGCUGUUCAGUGCGAGAGAGAAGGAAAGGGAGAAAGAGAGGGAGAGGGUGAGGAAGUGGAAGGAGGCGUUGGAGAGCUUAAAGUGCGAAGACGUCCAUCAGCGGAGGGAAUGCGACGAAUGGAAGAUGGAGUGUCAGACCCGCGAACAAGGUGAACAAACGGUUCGAGACAGAAGGGUCCCCUACAGCUUCUCUCCCGUCGGUCAUUUCCCUUGUUGCCCUCUUUCGAUCUCUCCACACGGACAACUCGCCCUCCCGCCCGCGCCCUGUGUCGCCUCUCAGUCUCCCUUCCCUGUCUUCCCUGCUGAUCCGUACAACUGUUCACGCCCCUCAGGCUUCCCCGCUUCCCCUGUUCCUCUGCCUGUUUCUUCUCUUUUUUUCCCUCCCUCUUCGCAUUCUGUUCUUCCUUGUCCUUCUUUCUCUCUGACUUCUCCUUCUCGUCCAGUCGUGGACGCGUGGGACUUGGCGCAGAGGCAAAGAGGGGAAUCGCGGCGUUUCCCUUUCGUCAACGAAUCUUCUUCUCCUUCCUCUUCUUGUCCUUCUCUUUCUGCGCCCUGUGUUCCUCCGCCUCCUUCGCCUCCUGCGUCUCCUUCUCGUCCUUCUCUGCAACCUUCUCAGCCUUCUCCGUCUCCUGUUCAUCUCUCUUCUUCUCUGUCUCUGGCUUCCCCCUCUGGUCCCGUCUCUUUUUCCUCUCCCGGGCUGCUGUGCGAGGCCCCUAUCCGAGUCACGUUUCGGCCGGCACCCUUCGACGUUUUCCCGGGAAGCGACAGCGAGGGAGAACCUUCUCUUCCGUCUUUCCGCUUCGGCGGAGGCGCAGAAUGCCCAGAGGAAAACGACGCGUCUGCAGGAUCCCCCGCGGCCUGGCAGAGACAGUUCGUAGCCGUCCAGAACCACGCCUGUGUGCGGGACACUGUCUCGAGCUCGCCUCUCGAGAGUCUCUCCUGUCUCUCCGACGAAGAGGCGCUGCGAAUCCUGGAGCCGAGAGAACCACAAAGCGGCCGAGAACGCGGCCAGAGUCCCAACAAGAGGGCUUCUCGGCGCCGAUACGUCGCAAGAAAGAAAGACACAGAAAAAGGGAUAGCGCCGGUCCAAGAAGCUCUACAACUCGCCAGCGAGUUGGCUGCACUUCUCGGCGAGAAAGCAGAGAACGCAGGCGAUGGACAGCCAGAGUCGGGCGGCGAGGAACCUGAAGGCUGCACCAGCCUCAGCAGAGGGGCAACGCGCGAAGAAGAAAAGAAGAGAGCGCCAAAAGGCUCGUGUGGAGACGCGGGAGGCUUCGCCGCCGUUCAGACACGCCGCCACGCAAGUCCGUCCAAGGCGUCUUCUGAGCGGCUCCCCUCCGUAGCCUCUUCUUGCGCUUCCGUCGCUUCUCCUCGCGACCCUACUUCUUCUUUUUCCUCUUCCUUGUCUUUUCCUGUGGCCGCCGCCUUCACUCCCCUUCUCCAUGUGGACGCCUCUCGAGAUGAGAGCAAUUGUUCUGCGUCUUUGAGAGCAACAGGAAAGGUAGCCGGCCCCCCCACUCUCCCUCCGAUGCCCCGGCCCUUCUCGGAUUUCGAGCUCCUUCGCAUGCGUUUGCUAGAGCUUCAGAGCCGCAGCAGACAGAAACAAAUUCACGCCUUGCUGCAAAUGAAAAAGACACGCGCGGCCAGAGAAGCGCGAGCGAGAACGAGCCAACACACGCAAACUGAAGACGAAGAGAAACCCGGAGCAGAAAACGCCGUGUCGUUAAUCUCGUCCCUCUCUUCUUAUUCUCCUCUUUCUUCUUCCUCUUCUCCUUCUCUAUCUUCUUCUUCUCCUCUUUCUUCUUCUUCUUCUCCUUCUCCUUCUCUAUCUUCUUCUUCUCCUCUUUCUUCUUCUUCUUCUUCUUCUCCUUCUUCUUCUUCUUUUUCUUCUUCUCUCUCGCUUUGUGCUUCCUCGUAUCCUCUCUUACCUUCUCUUUCUGCGGACUCCGCCUUUUGCGCUUCGAGCGCGGCUGCGAAAGAAGCCAGGGCGACGUCGCAUGCGCGCACCCUCGCCGCUCAAAGGCCUGCUCACCGGGGCGAGGCGGGAGAGACAGAGCAGCGCAAGCUCCUGCAUGCAGAUGACGACAGGGGGGGAGGAGCGAGAACGGCGCGACGUGGACCGGACGAAGACGGAUGGCAUGGCAGGCGCGGGAAGGAGAAACGAACUUUCGAUCGGGCUGCCUCGAAAGCACGCAGAAAGGAGAGAAGAGACAGAAGCGAGAGUUUCAAAAGGUCGCCGGCAGAUAGAGAAAAACGCUUCCUCCAGCUUCUCCUCGCAGAUGAGGACGCAGAGGCGAGAGGAGGGAGACGAAGAAGCAAGCGCAAGGGAACAGGGGAAACGAGCUGGGAGAAACUCUUCAACUUCUCCUGGCUGGGUGACGAUCUGUCAGAGGAAGAGAACUAA